AUGCAAGUUGGCAAUGUCAGGUUUUCUGUCAAAGUCAUUGUCGGUCGACGUUUAAAGCAGAGGCGUGUGGAAUCAUUAGGUCUCUUUCCUAAAGCUCGAGUUGUGCGUGGUAUUGACUGGAGUUGGGACAGUCAAGAUUGCGUAUCACCCUUAACGUCAUCAACAAGUGGAUCGAUAUUAUUAGGACCCUCAGGGUCUGCAAUUGCCUGCCGGGCUAAUAUCAGCUCAAAUAAUGACAAAGCCUCUACUGGUCCCAUCCUCUUACCUACACAAGGACGAAUUACGGGUAGAAGGGAUUGGUAUCAGUGGGCACCACGGUCUGCCGCUUUAGUUGCUUGGGAUAGUGGAGCGUAUAAUGUUUAUCGUGUUGGAUAUGGAGGAUUGGUGGACCUCAAAGCUAUACGACCUGCCAAAGGUGGAAUGUAUUAUGUCGAUCACCUUCCCCUUCUUGCCGAUUUAAGACAGUAUUCUGAUGAAGUAUGUGUAACUGAGGAUUCGAGCAGAGAAGUAUCGAUUCCAACAAGGCAUGACUUCGAGAGAAGCGCUGUAGUCCCAAACUGGACCAAUCUUCAAGAUCUUGAAACUCGACGUCGUCAGACAACACGGAGUAUCGAAGACGAAUGUAACUAUCGAAGUCGUGUUUCCGGCAAUGAAGAAUCAGUGUAUGGUUCUGCAAGCAGUAGGCAAUGCAUAGGUAAUUCAUCCCGAGGUAACUCUAAUGUCCUAUCAGCCGAUGAACCUGCAGCAUCCAGCUGUCUAAAUGUUUGCACUUUGGCUAGUAGACUUCAUUUACAGCCCUCUUCAAUCGAAAGUUCACAAAGUACAAAUGCUACUUCACGCCGAUUGCAUUCUCGCUCAAAUAGACCUCAGUACAGUUGUUCUACAGAGAGAGAGUGUGAAGAACCAGAUUCUCCUCGUGCAGCUAAUAUGUCUGCUAGUACCAGCGGCUUAAGAAGUUUGGGUCAUACUGCACGUACCCUACUGACAGACUUUUUAAGGACCAAUUCUUCUAAUCCAUCUGGGUCAGCUAAUCGUAGUAGUUUAAAUUCAGGGACACAAAGCCAUCAAUCAAAUCAGUCUCGUUCACAUUACAAUGACUCUACCUCAACAGCUGCCCGCAGCAACCGACCAACACGUAUGCAAGGCACCACAAAUGAUCACAUAAGUAGUCAAAAUGCUCGAGAAGUCAGUAUUGCAUCUGGUUCUCACAACCAACAUAGGAAUGUUCAGUCACGUCAGGUUGCUAUCACCAAUCGCGGUGGUGUUUUCACUUUGCAUACCAGAGAUGGAUUGCAAAGUGGAUCUUCAUCUAACCAAGAGUUAAUAUGCGGAUACACAACACUGUCAGGAGAAUUUAUUCGUGAAAACAACAUUACCGGCUCACAAACAAUUAGAAUACAACGUCACACUGAAGCAGGACCACGAUCAGUUCAUGGUGUGUAUAAUCAGCUGCAUACUACUUUUUCUGAAAAUCCGUUAGACAAUAGUCCUGAUACACCUCCUCAUGAUGACUCAGAAGCGACAAGUGUGGAAAGACCAGCCUGUUCUCAUACACAAACUCAAAACAACAACUCCGAAGACCUUAUUCAAGCAGCCACCGAUGGGAAUGUAAAACGUUUGAGAUGUCUUCUACAACAUCGUAAUGCAGAUGUUAACGGUAUUUCUGGUGGACAAACAGCACUUCACGCUGCUUGCCAAGCUGGCUACUUGGCAUGUGUUAUUUUACUGCUACAGUAUGGAGCCAGACGUAGAAAUUUGGAUUCUACAGAUAAUGAAGCUAUCCAUUCAGCAGCUCAAAGUGAAAAUCCUGAUAUUUUGAGACUUUUAAUGAGACGAAACACUGUCAGAAUAUCAAGGCUAAGGAAUAUUGCUGGAGAAAAUGAUAUGACAGAAGGAAAUCUCGUUGAUUUAGACGAUAACUCUCCGGAAAAUGAAGACAAUAUCCACUUAGAAGAGGACAUUCCAGAUGUAAAUGCGAGAAAUGCACUACGACAGACACCACUUCAUUUGGCUGUUAAUCGACAAAAUAUACCAAUGGUGCAAUGUCUCUUGGAAGAAAUGAAUGCUUUGACGAAUUUACAGGAUUGUGACGGCGACACACCACUUCAUGAUGCUAUCUCUAGUCAAAAUAUUGGACUGGUAAGACUUCUGUUACGUCAUAAUCCGGACUUAACAAUUCUUAACAAUGCUGGUCAAAACUCGCUGCAUUAUGCUACAGUUUAUGGAGGUGUUGAGGUAAUACGGCUUUUACUCGAACAAUGUGCCUCAACACCAUGGAUAGUAGACGAACCUCAACCUGACGGCUUAACUGCCUUGCACCUGGCAUCGCUGAAUGGAAAUAUGGAAGCCGUAGAUCUCCUUUUGCAGGCAGGUGCUAGCCCAAAUCUUGUUGUUCGUCGUCCCGCUGGUCUGUCUCCUCUGGACGGUUGUGAUGAAGAAAAAUUAGGUUCUGUGUUUACACCACUUCACUUAGCUGUACACAAAGCACAUCCAGAUGUUGUAUGCUUAUUACUAUGCUAUAGAGCCAGAGCGGCUUGCCGUAGUGGAGCAGGACGUAGUCCAAUGCAACUGGCAUUGAGUGCUCUUGGUCAGACACAGGAUUCACAGGGCACGAAUGUAAGACGUUUCGAUGUGGCUCUUGUGCCUUUCCUAGCUUCUGUGGCACGUCUUCUUGUUCGAAUGGCUGACUCACUGACAUUUACAUCAGUUCCAGGUGGGACACUCUCUAGCGGCAUAAAUAAAUUAAGGCUUCACUCAAACAGAAACAAUUAUGAAGAACAGCUGAUAGAAAUUGACAAUGAUCCUGAAGAAGAAUCCGGUCGAAACACAGUAGCCGAUUCACCACGUUUACAUCUCCAAGCAACUUUGGAAACUGGAGUUCCUCGUAAUGUCCUUAUCGCUGCAUGCUUGGCUUCAGCUAUAGGUGCAGAGUCAUGGUCAUCUCAUUUGGGAGUGAUAAAUCCAGAAAGCGCAGAAGAAGAGGACGAAGAAGAUGUUGAUAACACCACUACAGAAAUGAUUAGUGAAAAUUUUGUUACAGAUAUUUUUCGUGAAUGCAAGGAUCCUGUUCUACAAUUAGCCUUACAGCAAUGUCAUAUGGAAGCUUUGAAUUUUAUGAAAUGUUAUCCAAUAAGUACUGAAUCAAUAAAUCGUAGUCCUAGACAUGAAAUUAAUCAGCCGAAUUCACCUCUUCUGACACCUAUUUGUGAUAGUGAUGAGGAAAACCUAGUUGAUACAUUUUUCCAGACUGAUAACCGUCAAUUAGCUCAAACCGACUUACUACCAAGCUGCUCAGUAGUAGGAUCGAAUAACUCUUUUAUCAUACAAGCUCCGUUAAUCAAUCAAGCAACUGAAAAUCCUCUUAAUCAACCGUUUGCUAUUGAAAAUCAACUUAUGCCUAAACCAAAUAAUUCAUGUUACAAUAUACCUCAGUCAGAUACGCACACCUUACUCCCGCCUACACUUGAUGAUAUAGAUUUGGAAUGGCGUGAAUGUCUUGUCUGCUGCGAACGAAAUAGAUCUACAAUUAUACUUCCAUGUGGUCAUAUCAUAACCUGCGAUACAUGCACGCCUUUAAUUAAAAAGUGUCUGCUGUGUCGACAAAGGAUUACUGGAUAUCAUAAACAGAUAACAACUAAUAUCAGUUUCGAUGAAGACGAUGAUGUAGGUCACAGAAAUCAGAUCGCUACAAAUAAUAAAGCUCCUGUUACUGGUACUAAUCUAUUAAGUAUGCCUUCAUCGUCAUCGUCAGUAUCAGCGGUAACACCAGGUACUUCCGGUGCAAGCUCAAAAAGAAGCACAGAUAUCGAUGAAUUAGAUCCAUUAUUUUCAUCCGAAACAGUGACAUCGUCGUUUAUUACUGGAGCAAAUGAUAUAAAUUUAUGGCGUAAUGUACCACUUGGUCGUCUACUAUCAAUGAUAACUAAACUCCACAGUUUGCUGGACGAUUUGUUGGCAGGUGGUAUUUGUUUAGAUGGAUGUCCAUCGUGUGCAAAUACAGUCCAGUCAUUGUGGCCUGUAAUAGUCGCAUGCUCUGGGGUCAAUAAUCAAUCAACUACGAUUGCUCUAGGACAGGACAGAUGCAAUUCAAAUUCGUUCACGUUAGACUCUUCUAAUGCUAUUGAGACUGAUUUGAUCCCAAGCACCUCAAAUAUUACAAAUAUACUUCCAACAAAUAAUUCUGUCCUGAAUAGUGUUCAGACAGACAUGGAGUUAGUGCAGAAUCAACUAGUUUCACAUAAACCACCACGCAAUCUAUCUCCAAUGGACGAUCAGACUUUCAGUGGAUUGAUGAACGCAUCUAACAGGCAGACUAUGAUAACACCAAACAACCGGCUUCAUCAAGGUGGCGGCAGAGCUGAUGUACGUGGACGAUCAAGAGGUCCGCGAACGCAACUAUGUGAACGCGAACUAAACAGGCUUAAACAUGAGCUUCAAAUGAUGCGAGAACAGAUUCGGUGUCCCAUAUGUUUGGAUCGUUCACGAAACUUGGUUUUCAUGUGCGGUCAUGCUACAUGUCAGUGGUGUGGUGACCAGGUCACUGCAUGUCCAAUAUGUCGUAGAGCCGUGGAAAGUCGGAUUAUUCUCUACUAA